AUGUUUUCGAGACGGUUGAUCAUUCGGGCCGCCCAGUUUUCGACCAGUCAGUCAAAGAAAACAGAAAAGUUAUGGGAGAAUCCGUGGAAGCACGCACUGCACCAACAAGAACAACGUGAGUUUUUUGAAAAUGCUGUCUUUAUAGGCCGGCGAAAAAUUAGUGUAAAUUCAAAAAUGCCAGAAUUGAUCAACCGAAUUUAAUAUUUUUUUCAAAGCGUGACCUAGAAAUACGUAUAAUUUUAAUUACAAAACUUCUUGUUGCAUUCUGAAUUUUUAUAUCCUUAUAAACUUAUUUCACCCCAAGACAAGAAAACCACUUUACUUUGAUACUUUGUUAUAUUUUCCUAAAUAUUCCAUUCCAUUUCAGCAAGAACAAGUGCCAAAGUAUUGGAAGUUCCAAUUGACUGGAGUUAUGUUGAAAGACUUAUGCCAAUUGAAAUAAUUCCCGAUGUUCCCAAACAUGAAACAUAUCCAACUCCAAGCGGAUGGACUCCACCAACAGAAGCCGCCAAAACGCAUAGUUAUUAUGUUCGAAGACGGCGAGAUCAUAUGCUUCCAUUAUAUUUGGAAAGAAAACGAGAUUUGUUGAAUGAGAAAACCUUGGAUUUUGAUUAUGUGGAACUUGUUGUGUUGCGAAAUGUUGAUGGAAAUAUUUUUGAUUGUGAAAAUGAACUCCGCCAAUUUGUUGAAGCUCAAUUAGAUCACCCGAUUGCUACACAUGUUGAUGAACUCAAAGGAAGAAUUAAGAUCAAAGGAGCACCAAGAAAAAUUAUUGAACAAUUUUUGUAUUCAAAAGGGUUUUAA